CUGUCACAAGGCCCAAUUGCCAAAAUCGCCACCUACAAGAACGACGGUUCUGAGAGGGUUAGGGUUUGAGUGAUACCCGAGGAUGGCGAACCGUACGGACCCUACGGCGAAGAACAUCCACGGGACGAAUCCGCAGAAUCUGGUGGAGAAGAUAUUGCGCGCUAAGAUUUAUCAGAACACCUACUGGAAAGGGGAAUGCUUCGGUCUGACGGCAGAGACGCUGGUGGACAAGGCAAUGGAGCUCAAUCACGUCGGCGGGACCUUCGGCGGCAACCGUAAGCCCGUCCCGUUCAUGUGCCUCGUCAUGAAGAUGCUCCAGAUCCAGCCGGAGAAGGACAUUGUUGUCGAAUUCAUUAAGAACGAGGAUUACAAGUACGUUCGUGUCCUCGGCGCUUUUUACUUGCGUCUCACCGGAACCGAUGUGGAUAUCUAUCGCUACCUUGAGCCCCUCUACAACGAUUAUCGUAAGCUGAGGCUCAGAUCAGCUGAUGGAAAGUUUACUUUAAGUCAUGUGGAUGAGUUUAUCGACGAGCUGCUGACUAAAGAUUACUCUUGUGAUAUUGCACUUCCUAGGAUUAAGAAAAGAUGGACCCUUGAAUCUCUUAGUCAACUGGAACCCCGUCGAAGUGCUUUGGAGGAUGACUUUGAAGAGGAGGAAGAAAAGGAUGAGGAGGAACAGUUAACUACUGGUUUAGAUGAUGAGCAUGACAAGGAUUAUUAUCAUGGACACAGUCCUUCAAGGGAGAGAGAUAGGGACAGGAGACGAGAUAGGGAUAGUUACCGGCACAGGGACCGUGACUACGAAAGAGAACGAGAUUAUGAUAGAGAUUAUGACAGGGAUCGUGACUAUGAUAGGGACCGGGGUAGAGGACGUGACCGGGACAGGGACAGGGAAAGGGAACGCCAUCGGUUGAGAGAAGACAAAGACUAUGGCCGUGACCGGGACCGGGACCGGGACCGGGAAAGGGACAGUAGGCGUGAUCGUGGCCGUAGAAGAAGCCGUUCUAGAAGCCAAGACCGGAAAGAGCGCGACGAUGAACGCCGGAAGAGGCACACCCGCAGCAGUGUGAGCCCCACCGCGGACGAACCCAAGAAAAAGAAAGAGAAGAAGGAGAAGAAAGAGGAUGGAACCGACCAUCCAGAUCCCGAGAUUGCCGAAGCCAAUCGAAUAAGGGCAUCUCUUGGGCUCAAACCUUUGAAGUAGCAAAUCAAUGGCUUAAGUUACAAAUAGUAUUGUUUUUGUUGCCUUGCAAGCUUUUGUGCAUGGACUGAUGUUCUCAAAAAAAGACUUUGUAAACUUGGUUCAAUUUUCUUGUAAGUAUCCUUUAAUUGUUCAUUUUUUUCUCCCCAAAGGAUUAAAUUUUACUGUGGUGUAUGAUAUAUGAGAUAUUUUACUUUCAAAACCUUGCUAAAAUAUUGUCAUUUGAGAUAUUUACUUGCAAAAACUUAAUCCACCAAAAAGAAAUUACGGAUUAUAUU